UUUGUACACUAAAAUGACUUGAUAGAGGAGAAACCAGAAACUUCUGGAGGAAGCUCCUUCACCUGCUUUGACUUCAGAACUACGUAAAGCUAUGGGUGAUGCAGCUGUAGCAGCUGCUGCAUCUAUAGGUUAUAUUGGUGUCGGAACUGUUGAAUUUCUCUUGGACGAAAGAGGUUCUUUCUAUUUCAUGGAGAUGAACACCAGGAUACAGGUAGAACAUCCUGUCACAGAAAUGAUUUCUUCAACUGACUUGAUCGAGGAACAAAUACGCGUGGCUCUUGGAGAAAGGUUGACCCACAAACAGGAAGAUAUUGUUCUUAGAGGGCAUUCAAUUGAGUGCCGCAUUAAUGCAGAAGAUGCUUUCAAAGGAUUUCGUCCUGGACCUGGGAAAAUCACAUCAUACUUGCCAUCUGGAGGACCAUUUGUGAGAAUGGACAGUCAUGUUUACCCAGGUUACAUGGUUCCCCCAAGCUACGACUCCCUACUUGGGAAGCUCAUUGUUUGGGCGCCAACCAGGGAGAGAGCAAUAGAACGAAUGAAAAGAGCCCUGAGUGACACCAUUAUCACAGGAGUACCCACCACUAUCGAGUACCAUAAGUUGAUUCUUGAUAUUGAGGACUUUAGAAAUGGAAAAGUAGACACUGCGUUCAUACCAAAGCAUGAGAAUGAGUUGGUUGCGCCCAAGAAGGUGAUCCUGUCUACAACAGAAAAAGAGCUUUCUGUAUCAAACAACUAAACUUACAAGAAUUUCUAAAAAAGUCGCUGCAGUUUAUUUGCUUUAUAAGAGCUUGGCGCCAGAAUAACCUUGUGAUUACUUGCUUCUUACCAUAUUGGUUUCUUUCAUAUGUAACUUGGAAAUCUUUUUGUUUUGUCUAAAAUGAAAAAAUAGACUUCAGGGAGUUUUUCCAGUCAAAUUUUGAUUUGCCACACAUUCAAGAUAUUAUCUCACAGCUUUCUCUGUAAUUCUAAAACUUGAUUGAUAGAUGUUCAUUUGCUCAAGAGAUUACUCAUUUUGAGGGGCGA